CGCAUGCGCGGUGGUUGUAGUGUCAUCAUCACCAUCCCAGAAGUUGUCCACAGUCUGUGUGGUACCCUGAGCCGCGCUGGUGGAUCUACGUGUAGCACAUUGUGAAGAACAAGGACACCCCCACCCCCCCGGACGACCCCCUCUCACACACACACCGCCGAACCGAACCUCUACCGGACGGAGCCGAAUCCUCCCAGAGAAACCUCGGUUUUGAUUCCAGUGCAUAUCCUCUUUGAAAUCAGCUGUCUGCCAUAUCCUCCUUCUUCGUCUUCAUCCUCCUAGUGAGCAGACAUGCCUCCAGCAUUAGGUGGGCCUGUGGGGUAUACUCCUCCCGAAGGUGGCUGGGGCUGGGCGGUGGUAGUUGGAGCCUUCAUCUCCAUCGGUUUCUCCUACGCUUUCCCCAAAUCCAUCACAGUCUUCUUCAAGGAGAUAGAGGUCAUCUUCAAUGCCACUCCCAGUCAGGUGUCCUGGAUCUCCUCCAUCAUGCUGGCUGUCAUGUACGCUGGAGGUCCGAUCAGCAGCAUCCUCGUGAACAAAUUUGGUAGCCGACCGAUCAUCAUCGCCGGCGGCUGCCUGUCGGGGACGGGAUUGGUCGCUGCCUCCUUCUGCAACACUGUGGAGCAGCUUUACUUCUGCAUAGGAGUGAUUGGAGGUUUGGGACUAGCAUUCAACUUGAAUCCCGCCCUCACCAUGAUCGGUAAAUAUUUCUACCAUCGCCGACCCAUCGCCAACGGCAUCGCCAUGGCCGGCAGCCCCGUCUUUCUCUCCACGCUGGCUCCUCUGAACUCCUGGCUGUACGAUGAGUUUGGAUGGAGAGGCAGCUUCCUCAUCCUCGGAGGUCUGCUGCUGAACUGCUGCGUGGCCGGCUCGCUCAUGCGCCCCAUCGGACCCAAACCCCAACCGCCCAAGUCCGACUCGGAGGCAGGCGAGGGCAAGGCGGCAGAUUCAGUCCAGCCUCAGCAGAAGAAGACGGUCCUGCAGACCAUCAACUCCUUCAUCGACCUGACGCUGUUCAAACAUCGCGGCUUCCUGCUGUACCUGAGCGGAAACGUCAUCAUGUUCUUCGGCCUCUUCGCUCCGCUCGUCUUCCUCUCAAAUUACGCCAAAAGUAUGGGCAUCAGCAAAGACAAAGCGGCCUUCCUGCUGUCAGUGUUGGCGUUUGUUGACAUGUUCGCCCGGCCCUCCAUGGGGAUGCUAGCCAACACAAAGUGGGUCCGCCGAGUGCAGUACUUCUUCGCUGCUGCGGUUCUUUACAACGGGGUGUGUCACGUUCUGGCGCCGCUGUCAGUGGACUACACGGGAUUUGUGAUCUACGCCAUCUUCUUUGGGUUCGCGUUUGGCUGGCUGAGCGCGGUGCUGUUUGAGACUCUGAUGGACCUGGUGGGCGCUCAGAGGUUCUCCUCAGCUGUGGGUCUGGUCACUAUAGUGGAGUGUGGGCCGGUGCUGCUGGGACCACCGCUAACAGGUAGUUUCUAUACCUACUACAACCACUACAACUACACCUACAUCACCUCCGGCAUCAUCCUCAUUGUCGCUAGUGUGGUCCUCUUCGUGGGAAUGGGCAUCAACUACCGCCUGCUGGAACGAGAGAGGAAAGAGGAGGAGAGGAGAGAGAGGGACGAGCCCAAGGAGGAGCUCACCGCCAUGUUGGCACCUCCCUCCCCGUCAAAGGCAAACGAGGACGGGGAGGAGAACAAUGUACCGGCCGCUGUUACGCUGGCGGAAAUCUCCAAGAUGGACGAGGACACUGUUUAGGAAAGGAGAGAAGAUGAACUCGAAGGACGCACACACCUAACAGAAACACACACGCGAGAGAUGCAGUUACUCAGUACAACCACACGCUGUCUUUAUAGGGACAUAACAACCUCGUUCACAACCCCGAAGCCAUAGAAAUUACUCAGAUCAAUAGACACUGAGACCUGCUGCCGUCACGCCAUACGGCUCGUCAAGCAGCUUUUUUUUUUUUGUCGCUGCGAUGACACCUCUGGUUUUGGUAUUUGACGUGCCUUUUGGUGAGUCCUCCAGGAGCACACACGCCGAUUAAAUUAACAACUGAACGACGCACAAGACAGAAAGACUGUAAGUUUAAAAACAAAAAAAAUCCAGUAAACUAAUGACGACUUUACUCUCAGGGUCUUGAGCUGCCGUUAAGGUUCAGCCCUUCACACUCAGAAACACAUACUCAGAGUCCAACAGUGCAGUUCUUUGGUUACAGUAUGAGGAGAUACUGUAAGUUCUCUCACAUACUACUACUCACAUGCUUUGCUUUACCUCCAAGGACACACUCAUGUUACUGUCUGUGCAGUAAAUCUGUCUGUUCACACGCUAGAUGAAGAGGGUGGAGUCAGUGAAAGUUACAGGUUUUUAUGCAGGAGAGAAGUAAGAUUCUCCCAUGGACUUUUCAUCUUGAGUAUUAUUUUGUGGACGUUUUUCAGCCUUUGUUGAUGCAGAAAGCUGAAGAGAGACAGAAAGCUCCAUGAGGAGAGAGGGGGGGGGUGAGAUGCAGCAGGUACUGCAGUGAAGACUCAGCCACUGUCCAACCAGGAGAGCCAUCACGGAGCCUCAUUGUCACAUUCGUUCUAUGAAUUCAACUAUCCAAUAAGGUUAUCAUGAUACCAGACUUUUAAACUUUUAUCUUCUGAUAAAGUAUCCAACGAUAUUGAUACCACAGCAACAACAAAAAAUAGUCCUCUGAGCCACUGUAAAGUAAUUUCUUCUUUUUUAUUAACAGAAAAUGCAGACAGACUCCUGCACGCUGUCUACAUUGCACAAAUACAUUGGCAACAUUUUUGGGACUGAAACAGCGCCCUCUGUAUUCGCUUAUGGCGAUUGUAUUUUUGGAAAACGUGGUAUGAAGUAUUGAAAACUUUUGACAGCCUCAUUGUCCAAUUACCUGCCGACAAAUAUUUUUCAAAGCAUCAGAAGAUGUUUUUAAUUCCUGGGCUAAGAAAGAACAUUUUUACGUAACCUUGUGCUACAUUACACAGAAAACAAAAACUGUAAUAAUGACUCUUUAAAAUAUAAUUUUGCAGGUGCAUGUAAUUGAAGCAAGCCACCAGUUAGCACCAAUGCGAGCCACAACAGCACUUAUGAUUCUACAUUUUCCUGACUGAGCAAGGACACUAAACAUUUUCUUCCAGCUUAGCAGAUAGUAUAAUUCCUUCUCUGGUGUAUUUGGGAGACGGCUCGUUUCUUUAGGAUGAUUCAGUCAGCGUUAGCCCGGCAUGUUUUACUAGUUAACAAACUAACCUGUAAAGAUCAGUGAUGAGAAGUCCCAUUUGAAUUACCUGAAACAGGUAGCCCGGUCCUGAACCGCUGUACCUCAUCCUGAGUUUAUCUGAACACUUAGUGUCACUUCAUUGUUUUUAUGGAAAAUCAUUCAUCGCACUUUUCUGUAUCUGAGGGAGAGACAUUCUAAUUGUCACAAUCCUGCCAGACCACCUUGCAUGCUACCCAUAAGAGAGUUUGAGCCCCCCCCCCCCAUGUAACUAACCUACUAA